CAUGUGGGUCAUGGGUGGAGUUUCAAGUUCUCCAUAUUCAAAUGCUGGGAGCUCCUUCUGCUCUGUGAUAUAAAGAGACACUGAGCCUCUCGGUCACUUUAAAGCAAGACAAAUUAACCGUCUGCGCAAACCACUGGCUCCAGUCGUGUUUACUAGUAAUAAACCGUCUUUUGCGCGUGCGAAAGAGCUGGAAGCAAAGCGGACCAUGAUGGACUACAUGACGGACAAGUUCCCGCUGAAGUGUGAAGCAGGAAAGGGGACUGACUUUUACCUGGAGCCGCUCAUGGAGCCCUUAGAGAGCAUGCAGUACUACAGCAAGAGCUCCAGCAAGAGCACUCAGCAUUACACACUGCAACCCACCGAGCACCACAGCAUUCUGGACAGAUCCUCUCCCUGUGACAACCAAACAUCAGCAGCAGCAGCUCAUUACUGCAGCGGGAAGGCGGAUGACGGCGGCGGACACGCCGAGCUCUCCGGGCCGCUGGAUGAGCGCUGCGGGGUGAGGACAUCACCCGGGACAACAGCGCGGGACAAACCCGACUUAGACGACAUCGGGGAGAAGUGUGACAGCAACGUGUCCAGCAGCAAAAAGAGACGCCACCGGACCACGUUCACGAGCGCCCAGCUCGAGGAGUUAGAGAAAGUCUUCCAGAAAACGCAUUAUCCAGAUGUGUAUGUGAGAGAACAGCUGGCUAUGCGUACCGAGCUCACCGAGGCCAGAGUGCAGGUGUGGUUUCAGAACAGAAGGGCGAAGUGGAGAAAGAGAGAGCGCUAUGGACAGAUCCAGCAGGCUAAAAGUCAUUUCGCAGCCACAUAUGACAUUUCAGUGCUGCCCAGGACAGACAGCUACUCACAGAUACCCAAUAACUUGUGGCCGGCUCCAACCCCCGGUGGCUCAGUGGUUUCCUCCUGCAUGCUCCCGCGUGGUUCUCCACCAUGUGUACCAUCUCCGUACCCCCACUCACCGCGAGCCCCUGAACACAAUUACAUUAGCUUCCCCAACCACCAGCAGAAUCAGUUUGGUGUCAAUCCUGUCUCCCUCAACAACUUCUUUACUGAUUCACUUUUGGCCCCGGCGCCAAACGGGCACGCAGCCUUCGAGAGCAAACCUGAGUUUGAGAGGCGGUCGUCCAGCAUCGCUGUCCUCAGGAUGAAGGCCAAAGAGCACACAGCCAACAUCUCGUGGGCCAUGUGAUCCCUGUGCUCAGACUCUUUUUCUAAACAGUAUUAAAUAACUUUAAUGUAUUGAUAGAGACACAGAUGUGGACAAUUUUUUUUUUAUUAUUAAGACGGACUCCCUGCUCUUUGAACCGAUCAAUGACUGAAAAGGUUCCAUUGAGGAGCUUCAAUUUGAGCCAGCAUCACUUUUCAGGCUUACUUUGAACAACUUGACAAUACAAAACAUUACUUGAUUUACAUAUUGUGUGUAAAUGAAUGUCAACAAAUUUUUGCAAUAGUGUGCCUUAUUAUAUGUGACGCACUUAUAGUAGUGUGAAAACAGUAACACAGGGAGCUUUACAAGCUGAACUACAUUCUGUACUCAGGACUGGGAGUGGAUGUGAUGUCCUUGACAUGCUUACACAAGUCACAUGCCUGUGUGCCUUGAAGCAAAGCUGUGUACAACUCAUAAAUGUGGCUGGCCGUUGCUCUGCCACAAUCAGAGGGGCACUUUGCACUCUGUAGGGAUUGUAUUUCAAUAAAUUUAUUUGGAGAUUCCACAAUUAUUGUGAUUUAUGUACUGUAUCAUGCCCCAUUUCUGAGAAGAAUCAAAUGUUAUACUCUUAUCCUAGAUUUUUUUUUUAUAUAACAAACUUAGAUUUUUAAAAAUAAAUUUUAACCUACAUUCAAGCCUAUGGUGAUUUAAUAAAAAAAAAAAAAAAAACAAUAAUCAAAAUUGACAUAAAGACCAUUUCAGUGUUAAGUUUGUUCAUUCAUUCAUCUUCUUUAACUGCUCCAUCCUGGUCAGGGCUGCGGUGAAUCUGGAGUCUAUCCUGGGAACGCAGGGUGUGAAGUGGGAACAUGCAGCAGAUGAACCGGCAUCAUCAUACAUACAUACACACACGCACACGCACACACACACACUCAUUUGCACUAACUAGAGGCAAUUAAUACAGCCAAUCUACCUACUAGCAUGUUUUUGGGAAGUGGGAAGAAGCCCAAAAACCUGGAGGAAACCCACAAGGACACAGGGAGAACAUGCAGAGAAACUCCACACAGACAGGAACACAAGCUCAGGAUAGACCCGGGGAUCCUGUAGCUGUGAUGCGGCAAUGCUCCCCACUUGUUGUUCAUGUGAAAUUUCAUCUUGCACCUUUCCUAUUCAAUAACAAUUUUGAGUAUAUCCUGAUAUAUAUCUACACUUCACUCUCACCACGGAAAUGGUUCCCCAUUUUUAUACUACAAUAUUGAGCAAUGUAAUGGAACAUCAUUAAGGGUGCAUAAUUAAACAUUGAAGUCCAGUGUUGUACCUUUGUGAGUACAUUUUUACAUUGAUUGUACCUUAUAGAAUAAUAAUGAACCUGUGCUUGUUCUGACAGUGUAUAUUUUUGCCACAUAAAUACUGUAACUACAGUAGUUAAUAACUUCAACAGGCUAUUGGGGCAAAACCUCAGUCUUCUAUAUUAGAUGUAAUAGUAAUUCCCUGACUGCUGUGUGAAUUUUCUUUUAUAUCAAUUAGAAUAUUUCAUUCAGACCUAAUGAUGGAAUUAGAUACUGUAUUACAUAUUGUAUCAUAAUGUUUAAUAUUGUUUAAUAAUGUUUUAAUAUUCUAUAUUCUAAGGUUUUAAAGGACUUUUUAGGCAACAAUGAGUUAACGUGAUAAAUAUGUUAUUUAUAUGCCAUUAGCUAUAAAAGCGAGGAGCUACACCAAUAUAUUUCUUAAAAGUAUAUAAAAAAUAAAGUUACAUUUCAGAUGGCUCAAUAUCUUAAAGUUAUUACAGAAUUGUGAGAAUUAUGACUGCCAGCCUCUGCCUACAAUGUGCCAAAUAAAACAUUUGCUUCCAAGUGUACAUUUCCACCAUACAGUGUAGCCAAAAGCAGCAUCAAUUUCUAACCUUAAUAUGAAGUUAAUCAUAUUUUCAGGCCCUAAAAUCAAGACUUGUAAUUUACUGCUGUAGCAUCAUGACCGGGUGCAAUAUCAGUAAAUAUUUACUGACACGAUUAAUUUGCACUGAUAACAUUAUUACCACUAAAUAGCAAUUAGCUUUGGGUAUGCACAGGCGGAGUUACCAGUUUUUGACUAUAACACUUUUAAUCGACCAGAUUGUGCGUGUGUGUAUGUGUGUGUGUGUGUGUGUGGGUGCAUAUAUGUCUGAAUUCUUGAGCUCUGUGGCAAUCUAUCCCCUAAUACCCCGUCUCUGCACCACUGUUCACUCUCUGCAGAGUGUCUGAGUGGUCCUCCCUGCUGUAGCACUGCAAGACAGAUGAAGCAGGACAUGUGAGGAGUGCAGACGAGAUCCAUCAGCAGGGCUGAAUGGGUUUGACCUGGCGAGGUGAGCCUCAGUCAUUAAUACAGAGGCACACACGUGUGGGGGAGGAGACGAGUCUCCCUGCAGCUCUACACUGCAGCCUAGCUUUCAGGCCAGCAACCGAGCUGCUCAAGCCCAUCACAUAUUUUCAUCUGUUUUUCAAGUAAACUAUGGGCUGUUAUUAUGGAAAGCAUUUUCUUGCCAGUCCUAUGCCUGAAUUAUCCGUGCUUGGAUUCGUUUUUACAAUGAAAGUAGGUCCAAAUUGUUUUUUUGGCUGGGAUUUGUGUCUCAUACCCAGAUAAGAUUCUUGGCAUCACUGUGAACAGCUCAGUUAUACUAAAGCUGCAGACAUAUAGACGGCCUUGAAUAAAUAGCACUGCAAGAUUUGAAACCUAUAGAUGAAAUUCUCAAUGGGUACGAGUUCUUUGAAAGAUAUUGCAGAUACUUCUUAGCAAAUGAGGCAGAAAAGCAACUCCAGGACAUUUUUAAGGUCUCUCUAUGGACUGGCAAACCAUCUGGAGUGAAUUGUCUCACCUUGCACCCAGUAUUACCGGGAUAGGCUCCGGAUCCAUUCCAGCCCUGAGCAGGAUUACUGAAAGUCAGUAAGUCAGUAAGGUCUAUCAGUUGAGAUCAAAUUUCUUCAAAAUGCUACAUGUUCUAUGUACCUUCAAAAUAAAAGCAUUCAAACAUCCUCCGUACAAUUUGUGUAUUCUGGUAACCUAAGUUUAAAUGCCUAAGGGAUAAUAUAUG